UAAGUCAGGAAUUACAGCUGUUACUGAGGAGCACGCGGCGCGGCUCUCGGGAGGGUGCCGAGGGAGCCGCAAACCAGGCUCUGCUCUCAGGCACUCCAAGCUCUGCUCUCACCCACCUCACGUCAGCACUGCCAUGGAGCCCAACAGCCCCAAAAAGAUCCAGUUUGCUGUGCCGCUGUUUCAGAGCCAAAUAGAUCCCGAAGCAGCCGAGCAGAUCAGGAAGAGAAGGCCUACGCCAGCAUCGCUGGUCAUCAUGAAUGAGCACGUGCCACCAGAAAAAGAUGAGAAAAGAACAAACAUCUCACAGGCAGAAUGCCAGAGCUCAUCGCCAAAGCAGCGGAAGCAGAGCGUGUACACCCCACCUGCUCUCAAAGGGAUAAAGCAUCUGAAGAGUCAGAGUGAUUCAGCGUUCCCAGAGGAGGAAGAGGGAAUCGGUGAAAGAGAAGAGGAAUGGGACCACUAAGCCAUGCAAGUCUGCUUGGGGGCCAGGUACCGCGAUGUGACACUGCGUGUGUGUCCCACUAUUCACCACCACUUAUGUUCCCACACAGCAGGGUGUGCUGGGGGCACACCUUGACUGGGCUUUAUGGCCACCUGCAAAUCCGUUCUUUGAGCCUUAUACCCAGAGAUAAAAUGGUUGUUUUAACGUUACUCUUCUUUCGUUUUCUAUGACGUAGAAAUGUCGUUGCAAACAUGGUAGAUCUGAUGGCAGUACUGCCAAAGCUUAACUUCUGCGUGUGAGCUGUGUUCUAAGACCUGUUGUAAAUAAAUCCCAUC